AUGCGCAACACUGCUUUCGGAGUUAUAUCGAGCCGUAUACGAGCCGAAAAGGCUCUCAAAUAUCUCGGAACGGCUCAGAUUGAACUUGAUGUUCUGUCUUUUCCAAAUUCUGACGGGCCUGAUGUCAAUAACAUUGAGAGGCUAAGAAAGCUUUUCAGAUUACAGCGUGAUUUCAAACCUGGCGAGCUACAAAACAGGAUACCUGCAGUAAUUGAUCAAAAUCGGCUUCAUGACGCCCUUACGGACUCUGCGUUAUCGCUGGAGGCAUUGCUGCCAAUUGAUCAAAACUAUCCAAAACUUGAUUUCCCUCCUGGGUUUCAACUGGAAUGUCUCCGAGGCGAAGAUCGAGUAGAGGCAGUCAAAGGUCUCUUCAGGUCGUCCAGUCAACGCUGGGUCGUGGAUCUUUUUGCUGCGGACAUAAGUAUCGAGGCAAAACGAGACAUAGAAGAAGAAUAUGGAAGCGAAAGAAAAUUGGAUGAUGGAGAGAUCUACUACAAGAUACGCAAGUACCAAGGAAUAUUUGGGCAGGAAGACCCCUACUUUGAGCAGCGAUGGUGGGCGCGGAUUGCCACGUUGCCGGAUGCAAAGACUAAAAAAAGUUGCCUUGAUCAACUUAUCGCACAUCGCAAAUUCUCACGGGCAUUUGACGCUUUCCAUCACAUCCCGGCUCUGUACUCUGGGCUGAGACUGAGUGUGGUGGGCAAAAUGAUAUCUACAAGAUGUCAUGAAGAACUGCUCGCCUACUUGAGACAUAUUAAAGCCUUUUGGUAUUAUAUUUUUGACGGAAAUGAAAUGGCAAUGGAAAGGCUCGACAGAGAGUCAGUUCAGGCCUUGGAACAUAAAGCACCAGGGGCUUGUCAGAAAGAAGCCCGGCUGUUGUAUGGCCGGAUUCGUAGUGGUGAUAUCCUCGGCCCGUUCAGUGACGUGGAGAGGGAGCAAAUCUGGUUGAGACUAUGUUCCACUACCACCGAGAGCCUGAUCCCGUCACUACAAGGAUUCUUUGAGAACCUCAAAUACAUCAAACUGGCGGCAGACUGCAUGAAGAGGCUGGUGAGGCUGGAAGGCAAAGACACCAUCCGACAUGCUCUGGAAAAUGCGUAUCUUGAUGGGGAUCAAAGUAGUGACGACUGUUUGGUGCAAGUUUCUGGACCAGCCAUGAAACUGGUUCGAGCCAGUGGAAUAGAUAACUUCGAUGUGCUGUACCGACAACUUUGGCUCUUUGCGAUACGUGAACAUGCCGACAUGCCUGCCGAAGUGAAGAGAAAAAAAUCAGGCGCGGGGACUGCGCACGCCGACGAGACUGUGUUGUUUCAAUUCGCUUCUCUGGCACAUAAGCUUGGAUUCAGGACCGACGAAAUCGAUGAUAUACUGCGACGUAGCCCAGAUCGGGAGAUCGCUCGUCGGCUGCUUAUCACAGCACGCAAACCGGCACUGUUCCAAUAUGAGGACAUUGAAUCGUGCAUUACGAUGGUUGAGAGUGUAAUAGCAAGGGCUCGACCAGUACCAAAUGACAAUGCGGAGAAUGAGUAUGUCAUUGAGGACGACGGCAAACCUCCUGAGCGAAGUGGACCGCCAGCUGUGACGGACAUGGCUCGAGAUAAGCGUUUCAUGUACUUAGACGUACUACAUGGCGCAUUGCCAAGACAAGACCCGAAUUUAACGUCAUUAUUCAUUCAGAGAUCCACGUAUUUUGCAUUUUUUGGAAGAGAUAUUGGGCUAUGCAUUGAAAAUAUCAACGCAGCACAAAGCGUGCAGGGAGCAGUUGAUGUAAAUUUACAGUUGGAAGGUAACCCGAACUACCAUUCAAUUCAGAGCCGGGCGGAGUCAGAAGUACGUGUGGCAGAGGAAGGGCAGCAAAGGCGAUUAGAUGAUAUUACACGCAAGGUUGCAGACGCAGAGUCCCAUCUAGAGCAUCUCGAACGGAAGCAGAAUGAACACCAGGGCACUAUCGAGCAGCUUCAGAGCACCAUAACAGCCAAACAAAACAGUCUUGAGGCCCUCAGGCGCGAGGAGGCCGAACUACAAGAGAGGCUCCAUGGGUUUCGGGGAACAGAAGCGGAGCAAAUCAUCAGACUCGAAACCCUCCAAAACAACGUGCAGGACAGACAGUCUCAGAUCAGCGAACUCGACAGGAGGCGAACGGAUUUGGGCGAGGAGAUACGGCUUGAUCUUCUUUCAGCCGACCGUCAAAACCACAGCGCUCAGGAAGAGGAUCAAAGAAUUCGAUUACUGCAGCUUACCGAUCAAGCGAUUGAGAAACAGAAUAGUGUCAAUCAGCUUGCGGCUCUUCAUCGGCAGAAAGAACAGGAAACACAACGACUAGAGGAGGAACGACAAAGGCUACAGUCCGUGGUGGACGAUCUCACUUUGAAGAAGAGCCUGCUGAGUGAGGAAGAGCAAGCCAGAGCGGCAUCGUUCGCAGAGACGGAAAGGGAGCGAAAGUCUGUAGUCGAUAAAUUGAGCGCAAAGGAGCUUGAACUCCGACAAAAUAUCGACUAUCUGGAGACAUGCCUACAGCAACUCAAAAGGAAGAUCAACGAUGCCACGGAGGAUGAGAAGGUGUUGCGGUUGACGGUUGAGCGCCUCAGAGAGACAGAAAACACUGUCGCCGGUAGCGAUGGAGUGCAAGAGAGAGGUCGAGCGGCCUUAGGUACUUUGGUAAGGCAGACGCUGAACGCGAAUGAAGAGCCAGAAGACUUCGAUACGCCUGACGAGUCCCCUGUGGGACCUUCUGAAGUAGCUGGGCAGGUGAUUCGACAGGCAAGGCCGGUACCACUAGACGCGCCACUAGAAGAAGUGGCCAUUCAAUUCAAGCUCUUUGAGGAUGGGGAUUGGAGGGUAAAACAUGAAGUGACUGUAGACCCUCGAGAACCUUCCGAGGUCAGGAGAGUUGCUAACAAGUAUGUUCGGAAGAGGUUUGGGUUGUUCAAUAGCAAUAGUAAAGCCCUCACUCCAGAGACAUGUUUUGAGCGAGUGACAUCUAAUGGCACAAACACGAUCCAUCUGAUUCCGGAAUGGACAGUCAAUAGAAAAGGACCUGGAGAAGCAGAGCCUCGCAAGCGCAAUAGAUAA